AGGGGGCGUGCCGUGCCGAGAGGGGUAAAAGCGCUGCUGCAGGGAAGGGGUGAGGCUGGCGGAGUAGGCAUCUCUCGUUCCCUGUCUUCUGCAGCUUCGGCUCCGCUCCCCGCGUCCACGCAGACCAUGGCUGGGCCCCUGCGCGCCCCGCUGCUCCUGCUGGCCGUCCUGGCCCUGGCUGUGAGCCCCGCAGCCAGCGCGAGCCCGGGCCGCUCGCAGCGCCUUUUGGGCGGCCUGGAGGACGCAGACGUCAAUGAGGAGGGCGUGCAGCGCGCGCUGGACUUCGCUCUCAGCGAGUACAACAAGGCGAGCAACGACAGGUACCACAGCCGCGCGCUGCAGGUGGUGCGCGCCCGCAAGCAGAUCGUGGCUGGGGUGAACUACUUCUUGGAUGUGAAGAUCAGCCGAACCACAUGUACCAAGUCCCAGUCCAACUUGGCCAACUGUCCUUUCCAUGACCAGCCACAACUGAAGAGGACGGUGCUCUGCUCUUUCCAGAUCUACACUGUUCCCUGGGAGGGCAAAAUCUCCCUGACGAAAUCCAGCUGUCAGAAUGCCUAAGAGUCUGUGCCAGGCUGGGCCACCCUGACUGCCUCUUCCCAGCCCCCUUGUAAUUCUCCCAAUGCUUAGAUUGGUGGCCUGCACCCUGGUGGAAGUCUCCCCAUGCUCCGGUACCAUGAGACAAAUAGAGGUGGUGUCCUGAGGCAUUUGUGAGCAGCCAAGUGGCUCUACCCCGGUCCUUCCUUCUCACUGCCUGUCACAUACACCGGCACGUGGUGCAUAAGCACUGCUCCACCGUCCUCAAUAAAAAAGUAGCAUCGUU